UGAGUCAUGUGAUUCUGGGCGCCUCUCACGUGAUCUACGACUGGAAGCCGGGGUCUUGGGCCAAGAUGGCGGCCUACUUGCAGUGGCGGCGCUUCGUUUUCUUCGACAAGGAGGUGGUGAAGGAACCGCUGGGCAGUGAUGGGCCCGCUCCCGGGCCCGCGCUUACCUCUGGGCCGGCUGCUUCCAAGUUCCUCUGCCUCCCUCCUGGCAUCACUGUCUGCGACUCGGGCCGGGGGAGCCUUGUCUUUGGAGAUAUGGAAGGUCAGGUCUGGUUCUUGUCCCGCUCCCUCCAGCUGACUGGCUUCCAAGCCUACAAGCUGCGGGUGACACACCUGUACCAACUGAAGCAGCACAACAUUCUGGCAUCUGUUGGUGAGGAUGAGCAGGGCAUCAACCCCCUGGUCAAAAUCUGGAACCUCGAGAAGAGAGAUGGUGGCAAUCCACUCUGUACUCGAAUCUUCCCUGCCAUCCCAGGAACAGAGCCCACUGUUGUGUCCUGUUUGACUGUCCAUGAAAAUCUCAAUUUUAUGGCCAUCGGCUUCACGGAUGGCAGUGUUACCUUGAACAAAGGAGACAUCACUCGGGACCGGCAUAGCAAGACCCAGAUUUUGCACAAGGGCAGCUAUCCUGUGACUGGGCUGGCCUUUCGCCAAGCGGGAAAGACCACUCACUUGUUUGUUGUGACAACAGAGAACGUUCAGUCCUAUAUAGUUUCUGGAAAGGAUUACCCUCGUGUGGAGUUGGAUACCCACGGUUGUGGCCUGCGCUGCUCAGCCCUAAGCGACCCUUCUCAGGACCUGCAGUUCAUUGUGGCCGGGGAUGAGUGUGUCUACUUGUACCAGCCUGACGAACGUGGGCCUUGCUUCGCCUUUGAGGGCCAUAAACUCAUUGCGCACUGGUUUCGAGGCUACCUUGUCAUUGUCUCCCGGGACCGGAAGGUCUCUCCCAAGUCAGAGUUUACCAACAGGGACUCGCAGAGCUCCGACAAGCAGAUUCUCAACAUCUAUGACCUGUGCAACAAGUUUAUCGCCUACAGCGCCGUCUUUGAGGACAUAGUGGAUGUGCUUGCUGAGUGGGGCUCCCUGUACGUGCUGACGCGGGAUGGGCGGGUCCACGCACUGCAGGAGAAGGACACACAGACCAAACUGGAGAUGCUGUUUAAGAAGAACCUGUUUGAGAUGGCCAUUAACCUGGCCAAGAGCCAGCACCUGGACAGUGACGGGUUGGCCCAGAUCUUCAUGCAGUACGGCGACCAUCUCUACAGCAAGGGCAACCACGACGGGGCGGUGCAGCAGUACAUCCGAACCAUUGGAAAGUUGGAACCGUCAUACGUGAUUCGCAAAUUUCUGGAUGCCCAGCGUAUCCACAACCUGACCGCCUACCUGCAGACCCUGCACCGGCAGUCCCUGGCCAAUGCCGACCACACCACCCUGUUGCUCAACUGCUACACCAAGCUCAAAGACAGCUUGAGGCUGGAGGAGUUCAUCAAGACCAAGAGUGAGAGUGAAGUCCACUUUGAUGUGGAGACAGCCAUCAGGGUGCUGCGGCAGGCUGGCUACUACUCCCAUGCCCUCUAUUUGGCCGAGAACCAUGCACACCACGAGUGGUACCUGAAGAUCCAGCUAGAGGACAUCAAGAAUUACCAGGAAGCCCUUCGGUACAUUGGCAAGCUGCCUUUUGAGCAGGCAGAGAGCAACAUGAAACGCUACGGCAAGAUCCUCAUGCACCACAUACCAGAGCAGACGACCCAAUUGCUGAAGGGACUUUGUACCAACUAUCGACCCAGCCUUGAAGGCCAAGGUGACAGGGAGUCACCAGGCUGCAGGGCCAACUCAGAGGAGUUCAUCCCCAUCUUUGCCAACAACCCACGAGAGCUGAAAGCUUUCCUAGAGCACAUGAGUGCGGUGCAGCCCGACUCGCCGCAGGGCAUCUACGACACGCUCCUCGAGCUACGACUACAGAACUGGGCCCAUGAGAAGGACCCGCAGGCCAAAGAGAAGCUUCACGCAGAGGCCAUCUCCCUCCUGAAGAGCGGCCGCUUCUGCGACGUCUUUGACAAGGCCCUGGUCCUCUGCCAGAUGCACGACUUCCAGGACGGGGUCCUGCACCUCUACGAGCAGGGGAAGCUGUACCAGCAGAUGAUGCACUACUACAUGCAGCAUGAGCAGUACCAGCAGGUGAUCGCCGUGUGUGAGCGCCACGGGGAGCAGGAGCCCUCUCUGUGGGAGCAGGCGCUCAGCUACUUCGCCCGCAAGGAGGAGGACUGCAAGGAGUACGUGGCAGCUGUGCUCAAGCAUAUUGAGAGCAAGAACCUCAUGCCACCACUUCUAGUGGUGCAGACCCUGGCCCACAACUCAACCGCCACCCUAUCUGUCAUCCGGGACUACCUGGUCCAGAAGCUGCAGAAACAGAGCCAGCAGAUCGCACAGGAUGAGCUCCGGGUGCGGCGGUACCGCGAGGAGACCACCCGCAUCCGCCAGGAGAUCCAGGAGCUCAAGGCGAGCCCGAAGAUUUUCCAGAAGACCAAGUGCAGCAUUUGCAACAGUGCCUUGGAGUUGCCCUCAGUCCACUUCCUCUGUGGACACUCCUUCCACCAGCACUGCUUCGAGAGUUACUCGGAAAGCGAUGCUGACUGCCCCACCUGCCUUCCUGAAAACCGCAAGGUCAUGGAUAUGAUCCGGGCCCAGGAACAGAGACGCGAUCUCCACGAUCAGUUCCAGCACCAGCUCAAGUGCUCCAACGACAGCUUCUCCGUGAUUGCUGACUACUUCGGCCGAGGCGUUUUCAACAAACUGACACUGCUCACUGACCCUCCUACGACGAGGCCGGCCGGAAGCCUGGAGUCUGGGCUGCAGCAGGACCUGCUUGUGCACUCCAGGAGGGGCACUUGAACAGCCUGGGGAGAGGGAGGAGGGGGAGGCCCAGCAGCAGGAAUACAGGACUGAGCAGAGCUAUUGCCCAGGCAAUCAGGCAGCCACAUCCCGGCCUCUGCUGUGAUCUGAUGCUACAGCCUCAGGACUAAAGGGGUUUUUUUUCCUGUCGUCUCUUUGGCCAGCCCACCUUGUUUCCUGUUAACUUUCUGAGCAGCGUUGAUUAUUCAAACCCUGGGGAAGGGCACUUCAACAACCUCCAUGCAUAGACAAUAGCUGCUUUAUUCUCCGUCCAAGAUCGCCAGCCUGUGCUGGGGUCCUCGCUCCCAGAGUCUGUGGGUAAAGGAUUUCAGUCCUGGCCGGGGGGCCUGGGUUGGAUGUCAUCCCGUACACAGAAAGGUUGUUGGUUUGAUUCCCAGUUAGGGCACCUGCUUGGCAGGGGUGUGCAGGAGGCAGCCUAUCAGUUAAUGUUUCCCUCCCUCUCUAAAAAAAUCAUUUAAAAAACUUUUUUUACAUCGGUUUCAGGGUUGAUAAAGUUACUCUGGGACUUGAUGAUUCUUUACUGUAGAAUUACUUCUUUUCUACUGCAUUCCUAGAGCUCCAGGGCCCACUUCCUUCACAGACCACUUUGAGACCUGGUUGGUUUGACUACAUUCCAUGGGUGGGCGGGGCCUGUGGCAUCCAAGAGCCCCGCUUACUGAAGCCCCGCCGCAAAAGACCCAGGACUGCGGUCCCCCAAACAGUUCUGCUCUGAGUCUGGCUGGCUCCGUGGUUCUUUGUACAAAAUACUUAGGUGGGAGGCAGGUUCUGAUAAGGCGCCUUGGGCCUAAGCCUCUGCCUUCUCGGGGUACGCUGGUGCCGUACUCAGCACCGGAUGAUGAGCAGAUAAAGGGGUCUGCAAAGGGGAACAGCGGGGUUCCUCUGGGCGCUCGGCCACCGGCCAGCACUGCGUGCGGAACAGUGGAGGUGGAGGCAGAAAUGAGCAGGUGGAGGCUGGAUUCAAACCAGGAAGACGGGCAAGGGAGUCGCGGCCCGGCCUCAGCUUGACGGAGUAGGGGCGGAACCGCAGGGCCCGGGUCUGUCGCAAUCCCAAUUCCCGCCCAGGGGAAGCGCCGCCCCUCCGAGGGCGGGCGCCGGUAGUGACAUAGCCGGGCCGAGCCGGCGCCGCGGCGGAGGUCUCCGUGGCGCCCGUGCCCGCCAGCCGGUGCCGCCGGCGUCCCGAGUUCGGAGCCCCGCGCGGAGCCUGCGGCCCGGGACUGCCAUGGCUGCCCCCAGCCACACGGCCGCGCCGGCGG